AUGCCUUGGCUUGCUCUUGGGAAACGAUAUAAACAUGUCAGUCCUGGACACAACAAUGCACCUGAAACAAUUCUCUUGGACUAUGAUGACAUCCCACUCCCUAUUGCGAUCGUAACCGCAAUAAAGAAUAAACACUUUUUAGUCCUUUCCACCAUCCUAAUUUCGGUUAUCUUGAGAGUCCAGAUUAUUCUCACAUCCGGCCUCUUUUCUACCAAUCUUACCGUAUUCCAUCACGACGUACCGGCAGAUUUACUCGACCGGUUUUCCGACCAUAUCCCAGAGAUCCCAAAUGAUUUUAUAUAUGACCCGCGCCUCUACGGCUCAGAGAGAGCUUCCUGGUCCAUAGGUCUCAAUCCAAAUUUUACAAUGCCCGGUUUAGCACUCCAAACAUUUGAUGCUGAGAAGGCUCUAGCAACGAUAGAGAACGCGACUGAGUUGUCAAUAGCUGUGGAAGGUGUUACAGCUUCUUUGGAUUGUGAGGAACCUGAAACAAUGAUGACAUCGUCGCUAUUAGACUCUCGACUAAACUAUGAAGUCGUCUCGAUACUUCUUAAUAGAACUAUUAGAGGAGGGAUAUAUAUGGGCACUAAGGUCCAUGAAGAUACAUUCUUCUUAAUUUAUUAUUGGGAAGACCACACGGCAGAAAAUAACCUUUCUAUUCCCUUCUUCCUGGCUGUGGUUGUAACCCCUGCACAACGAUAUGCCAAUAAUACACGCAGUUUCUAUGCUCAGUCGCUAGUGUGUAAGAUGACAUGGCCCAUCAGUCAGUUUAUGGCCACCUACGAGGCCGGUACCCUCAAUCCAACCUUUUGAAAAUGGUAAAAAAAAAGAUCAGUUAAUGGUGG